UUUCUUCUUGCUUGCUUAUACCACAUUGUGAUUGUAUAACUAUUUCGUAUAGUAAUUCUGUAGUUAUUUGUGUGUUAUAGCUUGUGUCCCCCGUUUCCAUGGAGAAGGCAAUUUGGGAUGCACACUACCUUCGUUUUUUUUGCGACAUUUGUAUGGAGGAAGUGAAUGCAUACAAUAGGGAUGGAGGUUGUUUGAGUAGGAAGGGGUACAAGAAUCUUGAGGAUAAAUUUGCCGAGAAAACGGGAAAAAGGUUAACAAAGAAGCAAUUUAAGAACAAAUGGGAUUCUCUAAAAAAAGAAUACACCGGUUGGAUGGAGUUGCUAAAUGCAACCGGCCUAGGUUGGGAUCCGGAAACAAAAACUAUGGAUGCAGAUAAUGAUUGGUGGCAGACUCACCUACAAUAUCGUCCUGAGCAUGUCAAGUUCAGAUAUGGACCACCCGCUAACUUGACACAACUUGAUGUCAUGUUUAAUAAGGCUCAUGUAACCGGAGAAUCUUCGGCCAUCCCGGGGGAAGAGGAAACGGGAGCGGACAAGGAAGCUGCAAUUCCAGUGGAUGAUGACGAUGAUGCGUCCAAAAAAACACCAAACUUCGUGAAGCGCCUCAAGUUUGGUGGUGGAGAGAAGGAGAAAGAGAGCCCCUUUUACAGGGACUACAAAACAGCCUUGACUAGCCUUGUUUCAUUUGUAAGGGGGGAUGCUGGAGGUUCAAGCGGCAUGGGUGACUCUGUCCUAACAAUGAAGGAGUUUCUACCUAUGGUUCGAGAGUGUGGAAUCAAAGAAGGCACUGACCUCAUGUUCACAGCUAGUAAGCUAGCAGUGAAAAGGGAGCAUAGAGAGUUGUUGGCGGCAUUUAAGACAUCUGAGGGGAGGCUUGACUAUCUUCAAAGGAUGCACAAUGAGAUGAACAAGUAGAACCAUCACUUGUGAUCAUUCUAGAAACAUAACUUGUACUAUUUAUUUGCUGAAACUAUUUGUGAUCAUUCUGGAACCUUGUACUAUUAUAUUUGUGAACCAUAUGUAAGCUUUGUGAACCAUAUGUAUGCUUUGUGCUACCUUCCAUGAACCAUUAUAUGUGUUGUUUGUUAUCACCUGACAAUUGUUGCCUUUAUUUAGC